AUGUCGGUUGCGCACACUGUCAUCUAUUCUGCAUACACGGAGAGGAUCAUGCAGAUUUUCAAGCAGCCUCCCGACUUGAGAUCUACCGCGGUUGUAACCCUGGCUAUAGCCAUUGCCACAUGGCUUGGUGUAUCUUUAGUCUCUGAGUGGUUGUCGCCGUUGCGAGGCUACCCAGGCCAUCCCCUGGCCAGAUGGACCAACCUCUGGCGCUUCUUCCUCGUCAGGACGGGCAACUACCACCUCAGGAUCCAGGAUCUCCAUGACAAGUACGGGCCGGUGAUUCGGAUUGGCCCGAACCUGUUGGACCUUGACUUUCCCGAGCUGAUCAAGAUCAUGUACGGCACGGACGGCAAAUGGCGCAAGACGGAGUUUUACCACAACAACAGCGCCGUCGUCAAUGGCAAGAUUACUUACCAUCUAUUCAGCCAGACAGACCAUGCUGAACAUGCCCGUAUCAAGCGUCCAGUCAUCAGGUACUACUCCCAGGGAAGUGUGUUGGCGCUGGAGCCACUCAUGGACAAGACCAUUAAAGACUUUUGUGCACACCUCGAUACUCGGUUCGCCAAGGGCCCCCAAAGUGGCCGAGUAUGCGACCUGGGUGAAUGGAUUGCCUUUUAUGCUUGGGACUUGAUCGGUGCCGCAACCAUGAGCCAGCGAUUUGGGUACAUGGACAAGGGCCAUGAUUUUGACGGAACCAUUGGGUUCGCAGACAAGACACUGGACUACUUUUCCGCUGUUGGGCAAAUCCCGUUUCUAGAUUUCGUCCUAGACAAGAACCCAGUGAUGCGAAUCGGACCACCAAAUUUGAACAACGUGACGCGCAUCGCACUGGAACACUUGGUGGCACGAAUUCAGGGCAACGAUAAAAGCUUUGACCCCAAAGUCCCGGAUUUUCUUCAGCACUUUCUCGACGCCAAAAAGGCUCAUCCAGACACGGUUGACGAUGGCGUCAUCAUUGGCUACAUGCUUGUGAACCUCAUUGCCGGCGCAGACACUACUGCCAUUACGGUCCGGGCCAUAUUCUAUCAUGUUCUCAGAGACCCAGCGGUGUACCGCAGACUCAAGGAUGAAAUCACUGCUGCCAAUCUCGGAGAAGUCGCGUCCUUUAGCGCUGCGAGAGCUCUGCCAUACCUGGAAGCUGUUGUCCGUGAAGCCACACGCAUACACCCCGGAGUCUGCAUGCUCCUCGAGCGCUACGUCCCCGAGUCCGGUCUAUCGCUACCCGACGGGCGCUUCAUCCCCGCCGGCACGGCCGUGGGCAUCAACCCCUACGUCGUCCACCGGAACCGGGGCGUCUGGGGUGACGACGCCGAGAUGUUCCGACCCGAGCGCUGGCUGCAGGGGCACAGCCCGGGUCCCGCGGACGAGACCGACGAGGCGUACCACAAGCGGCUCAAGCUCUUCAACGCGGCUGACCUCACCUUUGGUGGAGGGUCGCACAUUUGCAUUGGCCGGAAUCUAGCCCUGAUGGAGGUGUACAAGAUUACUGCCACCUUGGUGUCUAGAUAUGACAUUCGACUAGUAGACCCCAAGAAGGAGUGGGAGGUAACGGGCAGCUGGUUCUGUAGACAAAGGGGUCUUAUUUGUCAUCUCAACUCACGAAACUGA